UGUCCUCAUCUGAAAAACAGUAACAGGUCCACCUCACAGGGAUGCCACAAGAAUUGAGUGAAUGGCCCAAUGGAAAGUUUGAGUUUGGUGCCUCACUUGGAGCAAUUCCUCAAUAUAUCACAGCUCUCACUGAAACUGCCUUUCCUACCUUCCUUUUCUGUUAUGUUCUUCCUAAAGGGUUAAUGAGUGAGAAUGAAAGAUAGUAGUGAUAUGCCCAGGACCAGAGUACAAUUAAAUAUAAAAGGCUUUUUGGAUCUGCUAUUAAUUUCUCUAAGGCAAGAAGCUAGGUAAAUGGCCUUUGUCUGGAACAAAGUAGACAGAUCCAUAAAACUGUAAACUGGUUCAUAAUAGUGUGUGAUUCAAAAACACAACAUCUGCAAAAUAAAUUUUGUAUCUCCAGGAAAACAUGCUAUGAAAAGCACAGGCUAUUAAUAACAUGCUCACAGAUGUACUCCUUAACACAUGAUUUGAGAGUCUGCUCUCUUUUUGUGUGCAUGAAAUAUUAAGGGGAAUCUUUUCUUAGUAACAUUUGCAUACUAAACAAAUGCAAAACAGUUUGUGGAAACAUAGCUAAACAUCAGUUAUAACGUGCAUUACUGGAAUAGGACCACCCCUCUUCAGUCUUGCAUAUUUAAUAUGGACUUUUAUAUUAAGCUUCAAAUAAAAUAAUUCUGAUAAAAUAAAUCUGAGAUGCAGAAUAUCUGUCUUAAUGUUUCAGUACUCUUGUCUCUUGUCUCAUAUAAAAAAAUCAGUCUUUCAACAAUUACAUUUUCAAAUACUUUGAUUCCCAGUAUCUUACAGGGUGUGUAUUAUCCAGUGACAUAUAUGGGAAAAGGAAUUCUAAGGUGCAAAGCCAUAUACAGGUGAAAGCUCUUCUAAUCCACUGUCUCUUUGCUAAGUCGAGUUUUGGGGUGCUUAAUGUUCUUGCCUCGAAGAGGCGGGGCGUAAGAUGGCUUCCUGAUGCUGCCUCGGGACCUGAGUACGACGCCCUCCAAGUACCUGGCGGUACCAGGCACCCAGGAAUUGGAGUUUCGCCGCUUAAGCAGCAGUCAGCUCAGCGGCAUGCCUCAGUUUCCUCGUCGUAGCUCCAGAUGUCCGGUGACGCUCGCAGCUCCGGUCCUCCCAGCCAGGCCGGAGGGCCAGCCCAGCUUAGUUCCCGCACCGAGGCCCGCGCCCCCACCCAAUCGAACGCCGACCGGGCUGGAGACCAGGACCGCGCUGCGUCCCUUUCCGCCCCACCGAGUGGGGGGGACGGUGACGGUGAGAAGAACAAAAGAUGAUACUUGGAAAGCAGAUGACCUCAGAAAACAUCUUUUGGCUGCACAAUCAGGUAGUCCCAAGGAAGAUAAGAAACACAGAGAAAAGAAGCUGCAUAAGGAGUCAGAAAUGGACCUCCCUGAAUACAGAGAGCCCAAGCACGGGGGCCCAGACCGAGACAGCAAGUACAGAGAGAGGCCUGGCGAGAGAGAUGGCCCCGUGUCCAGGGAGAACCCUCAUGGGGACAGAGAAAGAGAAAAGCAAAGGGAAAGGAAAAAGGACUCCAGAGACCGGGACAGAGAAAGGCAUAAGGAGAAACACCGCGAGCAGGACACGGAGAAGUCUCACGGUAAAGGAAAAGACAGGGACAAGGCCAGAGACCGCGGAGCUAAGAGGGAGGAGCGCGGGCGGACGGCUGCCUGCCAUGACCCGCUGGGCUGGCUGCUCCUGGGCAGAGCAGAACGCGAGACCCGAGCAGUAAGCAGAGGGAGAACGGAAGAGAAGGAGAGGAGAGGUGGAGACCCUGAGAGGGGGGACGAGGAGAGAGAAAGACGAUACAGAGAGAGGAAGCUGCAGUACGGUGACGGUAAAGACAAUCCUCUGAAGUACUGGCUGUAUAAAGAAGAAGGUGAAAGGAGACACAGGAAGCAGAAAGAACCAGAUCGAGAAAGGAAACAUGGAGAAAAAAGCAGCACAAGGGAAAAAAGAGAAAAGUAUCCAAAAGAAAAAAGUAAUUCCUUCUCUGACAAGGAGGGGGAAGAAAGACACAAGGGAAAACGACACAAGGAAGGUUUUCAGUUCGAUGAAGAGAGGCGCCAGAGUAACACGGCUAAAAAAGAGAGGUUGUCAAGAGAAGACCUUAAGAAAAGAGAGUCCAAGAACAGUGAGCACCGAAACCGGGGUGCAAGUUCAAGGAGAGAUCCCAUCGGCAGCCGGGAAGGAACGUGCGUUCUCUGGUAUGCAGAGAAUUUAGUAAGAAAUAAUGGAAAAGAUAAAGACUCAAGAAGGAAGCACAUCCGGGAAGAGGGCGCCUCCGUGUGGAAGCUGGCUCAGAGGCAUGGGAGAGAAGAAAUGGCGGUAAGCAGGGAAAUUGAAAAGGAAGACAUGGAUUCAGAAAAUGCUGGAGCUGAUGAAUAUACAGCUUGCUUUGAAGAUGAUUUUGAAGAUUACGAAGAUGACUUUGAGGUUUGUGAUGGAGAUGAUGAUAGCUUUAACGAGCUGGAACCAAAAGAGAAAAUCGAAGAGCUUCCUCUGGCCAGAAAGAAGGAGAUACAGGAGAUUCAGAAAGCCAUUAAUGCAGAAAACGAAAGGAUCGGCAAGCUGUCCUGCAGACUGUCUCAGAAGCCAGGUCUGCUGGAGGAUGAAAACAGUUCCCCUGCCAGAGCCCCUGUAUGUGGAAUUUUCGUUGAUUUUGCAACAGCCUCACGCCGUCAGAAGAGUCGGACUCAGGCCCUUAAGCAAAAGACACGCAGUACAAAGCUGCUUCGGCUCAUUGACUUAGAUUUUUCAUUCACUUUCUCUCUCUUGGAUCUACCGCCAGUAAAUGAAUAUGACAUGUAUAUCAGAAACUUUGGGAAAAAAAAUACCAAGCAGGCAUAUGUUCAGUACAAUGAAGAUAAUGUUGACAGAGACAUCCAGACUGAAGAGAUAGAGACCAGAGGGGUGUGGACCCAGCACCCCGGAGAGGGCACGGCCGUGUCAGGGGGGAGCAUGAGUGGAGAUCCCCGUGAUGUGGCCGCUGCACUGAAGGUCGACACACCCAGGCUGUCCAGCUUCCUCCGGGCGGCGUGCCAGGUGAUUGCGGUUUUGCUUGAAGAGGAUCGUGUGGGAGCCGAACCCAGCUGGGGCCCCAGGACACAGGACAGCACCCUGCAUAUCAGUGACAACUCCUCUCAGCUGAAUACCAGCCUGCCGUUCCUUCAGAAUCGAAAAGUGUCGUGCUUAUGUGCCUCUCAGGUGCAGAGACAGACGGUGGUGUCUGUGCACGGGCCGCCUGGAGCCGCGUCCGCCCCUGUGCUGGACCGCAGAUAUGUGCUGUGCGUGUGGGAUAUCUGGCAGCCUUCGGGGCCUCAGAAGGUCCUGAUAUGUGAGUCGAAGGUCACAUGUUGCUGCUUUAGCCCUUUUAAAGCCUUUUUACUGUUUGCUGGGACAGUGCACGGCUCGGUCCUUGUGUGGGACCUACGAGAAGACUCUAGAAUACAUCAUUAUGUGAAGCUGGGCAAUUGCUUCUGGACCUUCAGGACAGCAACGUUUUCUACUGAUGGUAUCCUGACUUCCGUAAACCACCGCAGUCCUGUUCAAGCCAUAGAACCCAUCUCCACGUCUGUCUACAAAAAACAGAGUUUUGUGCUUUCCCCCUUUUCUACUCAAGAAGAAAUGUCAGGUUUGUCAUUCCACAUUGCUUCCCUGGAUGAAAGUGGGGUUCUCAAUGUGUGGGUGGUUGUUGAAUUACCAAAGGCAGAUAUUGCAGGCUCAGUAAGUGACUUAGGUCUGAUACCUGGAGGGAGGAUAAAGCUGGUGCACAGUGCUGUAAUUCAGCUGAGCGACAGCCUUUCCCAUAAAGGCUGUGAAUUCUGGGGGGCCACACGAACCCUGAAUGUGAAGUUUCUGCCUUCAGACCCUAGUCAUUUCAUUGUUGGCACAGACAUGGGUCUUAUAAGUCAUGGCACCAGACAAGAUUUGAGAGUAUCUCCCAAAUUGUACAAAGCCCAGCAACCUGGUAUGAGACCAGUCCAAGUGAAUGUGAUCGAUUUUUCACCAUUUGGAGAACCAAUAUUCUUGGCUGGCUGUUCAGAUGGAAGCAUCAGGUUACACCAGCUGACGUCCGAGUGCCCUCUCCUUCAGUGGGACAGCAGCACCAACGGCCACGCGGUCACAGGCCUCCACUGGUCCUUGACCAGACCUGCCAUGUUUCUGGCCCAGGAUGACAUGUCCUGUAUUUAUAUCUGGGAUCUGCUGGAAAGUGAUCUGGGUCCUGUAGCCAAACAGCUCAUCUCCCCAGACAGGUGAUGGGACUUUAAAACACGGGGCUCUUUUCUUGGAAGAUGGACAAAUGGACUCCGAAAGCAGUUUCAAAACAGCCUGAAAAUGUUCAGUGUGAACUUGGGACAGCAGGUCACUUGAGGGAAAUCACCUUGUGCUUCUGAGGCCCCGUCUGUCCAGCAGCCUCCAGCCUGGAAGAUGCCUGCGGCGGAUCCCACCGGCUUUCAGUGUCUCCGGGUCCCAGGGUUGUCUGGUGUGAGCUCCAUCUCAGUUCCAUCUCCAGUCAACCCAAGCCCUUCGUUUCCUCCAGCUCAGACCUCCCCAGGUCUGCUGAUCUGCGGUGGGGAAGGGGGUGCAGAUCUGUACUUUCUCUCCUCCCUCUUUUCCUGGAUUCUGGUUCUUCCAGGACCCAGGCUGGGAAAAACGUGGGGAGCUCUGUUCCCCAAGUGGUGCCAUUGCAGGAUCUGAGUCUAUGCAAUGCCCUCUUGUCACGAGGAGGCUGGCUCACUGCAUCUCUGUCUCUCUCCUUCACGAACGCUCCUGUGCAGUGUCCCCUGAGCUGGCCGUGUGCCCUCACCCCACCCAUCUCCAUGUGGUCUCCCCGCCCAACAGAGGUCUUCUGUUCAGGCCCCUCCACCAAAGCUCAGGGUUGCCCACGGCGGGCUUGGCUGGCUGUGCGUCACGGGGUCAGCCUGAGCUCCAUGCUUCCUCCACUAGCCUGAGAGCAGCUAGAAAGAGCUUAAAAAAUGUUAACGGACCCAUCGCUUGCUUGCUUGAUGCCCUUUGAUAACUUCCCAGUGUAUGAGGGCUAAGACCCCCGUCUCCCACCGUCACCUCUCCUGCAAGUCUC